AUGUCGUUUGGAUUCUCGAUAGGAGACAUAAUCCUUGUCAGCCAAUUAGCGUACGGCCUUUACGCAAGCGUCAGCUCUGGACGGAAGGCAGCAUCGCGGGACUUGAGAGAGCUUGAGGAAGUACUGUUUAGUCUGAAGUGCGCUUUAGACCACCUUGGAGAAGUUUCCAACGAUGUGCUCGCACGGCCAGGUUUCCGAUAUGGCGGAUCAGGGUUCAAAGAGAAGCUCGAUGUGAUGAUCAACUCAUGUGCUUCCACACUGCAAGAGCUAGAUGAAGUGACAAAGAAAUAUCGUGACGUCGAGAGCCAGGCAAUCAAGGGGAAGUCGAGGUUGCGCACGAUGGAAGACAUGAAGAAGAGUAUCCGGGUCAACUGGCAGAGGGUAAGAUGGGACCACGAGAAGCAAUCGUUGCAACAGUAUCGGGAGAAGCUGAAGUCACACACCGAUGCAAUCAAUCUGAUGCUGACCUCAGUAAUCUGGGCAAACACCGCGUUCACAAAUUCAAGCAUUCAGAAGAACCAUGAGACAACACAGUCUUUGCUAGGAAACUUGUUGCGUAACCCGACCGUAGAUACUGAGUUUCGAACCAUGGUGCAAGAGAUGCAUGCUGUUCUCGUCAAAUCGGGACCAGAGGCGGAGGUUCUCCAGGUGGAUAUGAUACAAGAUGCGGCAUUUCCUCGUCAGCAGCUUGAUGUUGCUGCAUAUUCAUUAAGUAGCCCAACUUCUGGCCCUUUCGUACAAAAUGGAGAAAGGUUGCCUCGAGCGAGCCUGUAUACGUUGUCGGAUUUGCCAUACGUAACGUCCGAAGCAAAAGCACAUCUUGGACCCGGCCCAGGAGAACGAUCGAUGCAAGGAGUUGUUCGUGUUUCAUCUUCGAAAAACUUGCCUGUUGCGGAGAAAGAACUUCGUCAAAAUGGUUCAGCAAGCCACGGAAACCUAUCAGUGGCUACUUCUAAGCUCAACGACCAACGUCGUGCUUUCGGAGCAAAAGAAUACAAAGCCUUCGUACAGCGACACCCACAGCCAAAGAGAUUUCCUAAGCCGUCACUAUUAACACCCGCCAUUCUGAAACCUGUCACUCCCACUGGUCAGGAGCUCCAAGCUUGCAUACCCUACAUCUUUCGCUCGACGGCGGAAGGUAAGCAGCAGACGCAGGAGCUGAGAAACGAGAUCAAUCGCUGGACUGAGGGAUUUUCUCGCUUCAUCAAUCACAAAGCGCCUCCGAGAGAGAAGGACGAAUGUUUCCUGAUGCUGUUGGGAGCGCUGAAUGAGGCAGUGGAAAAUAGUUCUAGAGGGACGCGACAGCUAUUCUACGAGACUUCGGACUCUUCAGGCUUUGCAACGGCCUUGGACCAGGUACAAACCAUAUCGAAGAGCGUGAGGGUGAUGAAAGAGAUUGAGGAGUUCGAGGAUGCUAAAGAAGAAUGGGAGAAGCAGAAGCGAGUUGGUUGA